ACUGUCAAUGUCAAGGCUGAACGCUUUGUGCACCUAAGAAAAAUAUAAUAUCCCUAGGAAAAUUCUCGAUUUCUCGUUUGUAUCCUGUUUAAUUGGAGGAAAAUUGAAGAUGAUUAAUAGCUAAGAUUGAAAGCAAAAAAUUUUCUAACAUUUUCCAUCAUUUAACAAUCUGCCAUAGUUCACCUUAUAGAAAGAAUUCAAUUAAACAGGUAAAUAUAGGCCUAAUUUCAGGGAAUGAUUUAAUGCGUACUAGCUUUUAUUUCACUCUCCAAAUCAAGCUCCUCUCUGCGGAGUUGGAAAAGUUUCUUGACUUGAAAUACUGUAUUUUUAUCCGGCUUUUUCUAAUAUUUCCCUUUACUUACUUUAGAAAGAAUCGACGGAAUGGCUGGUCUUGGCGGAAGUGAAAUUAUAGGGAUUGUAAUAGUUGUUGCUGUUCUGGCUAUUGCACUGAUUGUUGCUUGUUUUCGUUGUGCUCGUUUAGUACUUGAGGAAAUGCAAAAGGCUCCUCCCGGCGAGAGAUCUUUCAAGAGAGCUUUUAGGUCUUCGGUUAGAAGAACUGCAAGAGAGGGUGUACAACACGUCAACACUAUUAGGAGAAGCUUCAGAAGAAGUAAACCACAAACUAAAUCUGAGGAGGAUGCUCCGCCGUCGUACAAUGAGGUUUUAAGUUCAUCUACGGCCUCUCGUCCAGCUAAUGAUGCACCUGUGAAAAACGCAGAUCUAAUUGCCCCUGCAGGUAGAAGGAUACCUGAAGGUCAACGACAAUCAAAUUCUCAAUUACCGACAAGAGGUGCACAAAACAAUAAACCACGGCAACCUGCUACUUCCACAAGAAAUGAUUAUAGGCCUCAUCAGGGUGGAGUACAUAAAAAGACUUAUGGCCAAUCGCCUGAAUCAGAUAGCAGCCGUAACCUAGAACUAUCAGAUCUAGGUGUGGGACAACCACCAAGACAUAAUAUUUUUCCGGAUACACACAAUUCUCAUAGUUCCAAUACUUCACAAUAUAAUUAUGCAAAUAUGUCAAACUUGACAACAGCUAGAAAUGAGUAUGAACCACUCAGAAGUCCAGGUGUACGACAUUAUGAGAGGUAUCGGAUGCCGAACGACCGACACUUGCAACAUACCGACAAUAUUGAUCCAAGAUCACCUGGAUUUAUUAGAACACCAGGAGCAGCUGAUCCAAGAUCUCCAGCUGAUAUACCGAGAACGCCAGCAUUUCGCUACGAAGAAGGAGAGUCGGGAUUUAGACCGUACAUUCCUCCAAAUAGGCAUUUACCAGACGGCAAUGCAGAAGGUUUUAAUAGUCAAAUGUCGCCAAAAGCUAAUAUUCCAACUGUUUCAUAUCAUCCAUCAAGUCAUGUUGUCGGGUCUAACCAGUAUAAUCAUGAAAAAGUAUCAUUUGAAUCGUUUAAUCAUCAAAACCAACCAGAUACUUAUAUAUAA